AUGGCCCCUACACCACCUGCGUCAUCACCGGCGGCGAGACCAGACAGCGAGCGCACGAGGAGGAGACGGCCGCAACAACCAGUCGAGGAAGAAGACGAGGAUGAGAUUUCUUCAGAGGGGGAAUCGGGUGAUUCAGAAGAAGAAGAAGAAGAAGAAGCAGGGUCUGAAGAGGAAAGUGAGGAUGAGGCAGCACCACCACCACGGCCAAGGAAUAACAGGAACAUUGAUACCAAGAACGGGGGCAAAAACGUCAAAAGACCACCACCCAGGCCCUUGAACCCAAAAACAAAAAAUAGCAGCAGGACAAGGACAGCCCAGAAACCCUCAGAAACAACAGGCUCAUCGGCGCCAAGCUACGAGGACGCCGACGACAACGCAUACCGCCAAGACAGUUAUUCCUACCUGCCCACACCACCCACGCAGCGACAGCCCUCGCCCCUCCGCCAACCACAACGGCGCAACAAGGCGCCGACACAGCCACACCAGACACCAGGGCGGACGCCCCGGCCGGCGAGGUCCCGCACCCUCGCGGCGCCGCCUGCCGUGGCGGACCUCGCCAGCGCGGCAGAGACAACAGACUCGUCGUACUCGUCUUCAUCCACCACCGCCUCCUCCGCCGGGCCCUGGAAGCCCUACGCGCCGCCGUCCUCCGGGCGCGCCACACCGCAAACAUCUGCCAGGCGGCCGCCGGUGCCGCCGUCGUCGUCGGCGAGGCGCAGCAGGCCCGCGCCCGUGCCCAUCCCGCCGACCCAGGCUGUCGUACCCCGCGCGCCGAGGAAGAUGGUCCCAGCGGGAAGGAUAGAUGACGACGACGACGACGACGACGACGACGACGACGGGCAGGGCGGGGAGGAGGACGAGAUCGAGUUUGUGCCACGGGGCCCGGUCUCCGCGCCGGCACUGCCCGCUGGGGGCAAGAAGGCCGCGCUGGCUGUGGAGCUGAAGCUCAACCUGGACAUCGAGAUUGAGCUGAAGGCCAGCAUCCACGGCGACGUCACCCUGGAGCUGUUUAACUAA